CCAGGCUGAGCUGCACUGGGGGCCUGCUGUGGCUGUGGCUGAGGACUGCAUUUUUGAGGUCACCCCCAUCACCUUGCAAGAGAGGCCCCUCCACAGCCACAAGCUCCUCUCACACUGCGUAAUGGCACGGAAAUGCAAAUACGCCGUCGUUUUGUGACCCAUGUUGUGAAAAUGAGAAAAAGGAAGUUGUGUUCUGCUGUCGCGGGAGGCUCAGCCCUGGAGGAGACCUACGCUGGCUGCCCAGAGAACAGUGAGUGGAGACUGGCUCCCAGGAUGCCUGCUGAGCCCCAUCUGAUUUUGGGAGGGGGACUUUGGCAGGCUUGUCCACACGCCCCUAGGCUGCUCUGAGGUUCCACUGACCCCUACCCCAAUUUCAAGGCAUGAAGCACCCCACUGUGUUCUCAGUGGAGAAGCCAGAGACCCCUGGCCACACCAGCAGGUGCCAGAGAAUUCCCCAUCCUGAGCCCCCGAGGGCCUCCUAAGCAGCCCCCUGCAAACCUGCUGGGCAAGAGAUUCUCAGAGGACCCCUCCCGCCACUGCUACUGGCCAACCCCAGAGCACAGCAGGAAACAAGCACCGGCUGUCAGCCCUCAGCACCCCGUACUGGAGAGGGGGCUGCCCUGGACAGGGGAAGCCCCUGGCCAGUGUCGCACAGAGCGCAGUGAUUUUGGCUUUGAGGAUGGAGUCGAGUAGAAGGUCCUCAGCACCCGCAGAAGCUGCUUCUUCUCUAGAGGAACCCAAUGCUGGGCCUGGCAGCUCCUCCCUGGGGAAGCUGCAAGCGCUUCCUAUCAGGCCUGGAAGCCACCCAGGGAGUGCUGAAAGCCCUGCCACAGCAGAGGACGUCCACCCAAAUGCUGGCCCACUGGGGGCACCAGGCAGCAUGAAGAUUCCCAACCGGGACAGUGGGAUCGACAGUCCAUCUGCCAGCGUGGCCGGCGAGAGCUUCCCCUGUGAGGAUGGUGGCGAGGCCCCCCCAGGCCCUGCCGGCCUGGGGCUGCACCCUGAGACAGCUAUCAGCAGCCAGGUCCCCCAGGAUGCCCCCCGGGAAGAGGCCGACAGUGAUGUCAGUGAGGAGCCUGACUCUGAGAACAAACCCUUGAAGGCUGAUGAGGAAGUUGGCCCGGCCCAGUGCUCCAACCUCCAGAAGUUGCUCCACCUUGCCCAGGAACUCCUACACACCGAGGAGACCUACGUUAAGCGGCUACACCUCCUGGACCAGGUUUUCUGUACCAGGCUGGCAGAAGCAGGGAUCCCUCCAGAAGUCACGACAGGCAUCUUCUCUAACAUUUCCUCCAUCUAUCGCUUCCAUGGGCAGUUCCUGCUGCCCGAGCUACGUACAAGGAUAAUGGAGGAGUGGGACACCAAGCCCCGGCUCGGGGAUAUCCUACAGAAGCUGGCCCCAUUCUUGAAGAUGUAUGGGGAGUACGUCAAGAACUUUGACCGGGCAGUGGGGCUGGUGAGCUCGUGGACCCAGCGCUCUCCAUCCUUUAAGGACGUUGUCCAUAGUAUCCAGAAGCAGGAGGUAUGCGGGAACCUGACGCUGCAGCACCACAUGCUGGAGCCUGUCCAGAGGGUCCCCCGCUAUGAGCUGCUGCUCAAGGACUACUUAAAGAGGCUCCCCGAGGAUGCCCCAGACCGCAAGGAUGCUGAGAGGUCUCUGGAGCUCAUCUCCACAGCUGCCAACCAUUCCAACGCAGCCAUCCGGAAAAUGGAGAAAAUGCACAAGCUCCUGGAGGUGUACGAGCAACUGGGUGGGGAGGAGGACAUUGUCAACCCAGCCAAUGAGCUGAUCAAAGAGGGCCACAUCCAGAAGCUCUCAGCCAAAAACGGCACAGCCCAGGACCGCCACCUCUUCUUGUUCAACAGCAUGGUCCUCUACUGUGUGCCCAAGCUGCGGCUCAUGGGACAGAAGUUCAGCGUUCGGGAGAAGAUGGAGAUCUCGGGGCUCCAGGUGCAGGAUAUUGUGAAGCCAAACGCAGCGCACACAUUCAUCCUGACCGGAAGGAAGCGGUGCCUGGAGCUGCAGACUCGGACAGAAGAGGAAAAGAAAGAAUGGAUUCAGGUCAUUCAGGCCACCAUCGAGAAGCACAAGCAGAACAGCGAGACCUUCAGGGCCUUCGGUAGUGCCUGGAGCCAGGACGAGGAUCCCUGCCCAUCUCCAGAGUCACCUAUAGUGAGCACAGGCUCUGUGGAGGUCUCAGGGGUGAUCGAUGGCAGUGGAGGUGCCCCAGGGCUGGAGUCCAGAAAACCAUCCUCAAAGACCAGACGUGACAAGGAGAAGCAAAGCUGUAAGGGCUGCGGCGAGACCUUUAACUCCAUCACCAAGAGGAAGCACCACUGCAAGCUGUGUGGGGUGGUCAUCUGUGGGAAGUGCUCCGAGUUCAAGGCCGAGAACAGCAGACAGAGCCGUGUCUGCAGGGAGUGUUUUCUGACUGAGCCCACAGCCCCCACCACCCCCAGCACUGAGUCGCCCCCUGAGCCCAAGCAGAGCAUGCAGCUGCCAGCUGCAGAUUCCCAGCCCAGUGAGCUCUGUGGCCCACUACGGCUAUCGGAGGAUGGCAUGGCCUGGGUUGAAGUGUGGGCUGCCAUCCUUGCCUCAGCCCCUCAGGUGCUACGGCUGCAGGCAAGUGACCAGGACGGCCAGCUGCUGAACACCAUCUGUCUACCCGGCUGCACAGUGCUCAUGCCAGACCCCAAGGAAGUGCAGGAGGUGGGGCAUACCUGGAAGCUGCAGCAGGGGCAGCAAUCUUGGUACCUGAGCGCCCCCUCUGUGGAGCUACAGCAGCGCUGGCUGGAGGCGCUGAGUGCCACAGCCCACAGAGACACAGCCCAGGACAGUGUGGACAUCUUGCAUCCCUAGGGCCCUGCAGGCUCAGCCGCUCCAUGAACAAUGCCUCCUGUUGCUCCUUACUCUGCCACACAGGGCCUGUGUUCUCUGGGGAGGUGACAUCAGAACCCUGUGAAGGAAUGAGGGUCCUGCAAUGCUGAAGAUAGGCUGAUGGCCUGGAGCUGGGGCAUUUGACCCCUAGGGGUCGUCUGGAGGAAACUGAAAUAUUCCAGAGAGGAAUAGCUACCUGGCCCAGGAUGACCCAGCAAGUCCAAGGCAAGAGCUGAGCCUCCAGCUUCAGCCCCAGUCAUGUGCCUGGAGUGGGGAAGGUGGACCAGUACAUGGUGUCACAGUACAUGGUGCCAUCUCCAAAAGGCAGAAGGCUAUGUGGGUGCUGCCCAGGAUUGGCAAAGCCCCUCCUGAUCUGCAGUCCCACUAGGGCUGGCAGGGCUGCCUGCACCUCAUCCUAGCUUCUCCCCUUAUCUCAGUUACUUUUCUUUGGUUGCUGAGACACACCCUCAGUUAAAGGAGGAAAGGUUGAUUUAGCUCACAGUUUGUAGAGGUUUCAGUCCACAGUCGGCUGGCUCCAAGGCAGGGGUGAUGUGGCAGACAGGCAUUGCAGAGGAGAAACAGUCCAUGGCAGGCAGAAAGUUGCAGAGCAAGAAAGGGGGAAGACAAGCCUCUUUCUAUCCCUUACACUGUAUCUAAGCUACCAGGAUUAGGGUGGUGCCAAACCAGUGGACUGAUUUAGGAAUCAUGCACCGUUGAUCCUAGCAUCACCACUCUAGAUUCAGCCACCCCUGAGAAAGCCCUGCCUAUGUCUGCCCUUUGGGGAAACAGCUAAAUGCAAGCCAUAACACCCCUCCAUCUGCACUUUGUGAGCUGCACUGUGACUCACUUCCUCUGGACUCCACUUGCUUAUCUGCCUCUCUGCCAAGGCCGGAGCUGCCUGGAGGGGUGAAUGGUGGCCUCCCUGGAUGCAGGCCACCUGGUCCUGGGUGGGAGAUUGUGGCUGCCUCUUUGCAGGCAGAUGCAGCUCUUCAACUAAAUAAAUGCCUGCUGUCAGCAA